ACCAAGACACUGAAGGGGAUCCAAAUUGAAGAUUCAGACAGUCUCUUCAGCCUCCUUGAUCCUGAUAUUGAUGUUGUGGUGUGCUUGACCUUCACAUCUCUGAAAUACAAAGACCCAUAUCUUUCAACCCUGAAUGAGUUUCUAAAAUCUGACCCCUUUAAAGAGUUAGAUGGGGAAAACAAGUUUUCCCUGACAUAUUCUGUCCAAAAAUCAUUCAACGCUCAUGAUUUCACUUCAAAAAUGAGAGAAAACGUAUCUCACUUCAGAAGUUUUUCAGAGGCCAAUAAAGAUGAAACGAGAAUGCGCUUCAUUAUUUCUGCAAUUUCUGAUUCCUCCAGUCCUGGCUCCUCUAUCUAUCUGUAUGAAAAAGGGAUUCUGACAAAUACACAGUUCCAGCCAGUGUCCAAGCCACCCACACCAAUAGUGAAGAAUGUUCUGGACCAAACUGUGUCCCUGAAACUGCAGAAGUCCCCAACUGGAGAAACAGUGAAGUAUAGAGUAGAGUACAAGCAGAUGAAAGCAGAUUCUGGAGCUGAGGAACAGUGGCUUGUCGUAGACACAGAUGAUGAAGACUUUACUCUGACUGGAUUGAUAUCUGGAAAGCAGUACCUGAUCCGCUACAGGAUAGUGGGUAAAGUGGGAGUGAGUGAAGCCAGUGAUACUGUCAGCCCUACACUCUCUUCAAUCACAUUCACCAACAUGGUUCCCGGGACCAGGAACAAGUUGCUACAAUAUUUCCAUCACUUCACUCUGGAUCCAAACACAGUGAAUAACAACCUUCAUCUGUCUGAGAGCAACAGAGUGAUUAUUCACACUGGCACAUAUCAGUCGUAUCCUGAUCAUCCAGACAGAUUUGAUUAUUGGUGUCAGGUGUUGUGCAGAGAGAGUGUGUGUGGACGCUGUUACUGGGAGAUUGAGUGCAGUGGAGAAUACGUGUCUAUAUCAGUGUCAUAUAAGAGCAUCAGCAGGAAGGGAGAAAGUUAUGAAUGUUGGUUUGGAUAUAAUGAUCAUUCCUGGAGUUUGAUCUGCUGUUCCUUCUAUUAUGCAUUCAGACACAAUAACAUACAGACUGUUCUCCCUGUAAAGCCCAUCAGCAGGAGAAUAGGAGUGUUUGUGGAUCACAGUGCUGGAACUCUGUCCUUCUACAGCGUCUCCAGAAACACAAUGAGCCUCAUCCACACAGUCCAGACCACAUUCACUCAGCCGCUCUAUCCUGGGUUCUGGGUUUGGUCAAGAUCAUCAGUGAAUCUGUGUUGAUGAAUCAGAAAAGACUGAUGAGAGAUUCUACCCAUAAUGCUUUGAGUUGCAUGAUAAAUCAGUGACAGUGAGAUGUUAUAGAGUCUCUUUAUUACAUUAAUACUGCAGCUCAACUUCUGUCACUGAAAUAACAGUCAGAAUAA